AUGGACUUUCCUCUACCAGAGCGACGACGAGUCCAGACGACGUACGGUCUUGAUGUCGCGUUCCCUGCUUCCAAUACUUUGAGAGGUUUGCUCUCCCAGCUGGCGACCCAGUACUACGAGCAAUCCUGGAAGCUUGCCGAGUUCGCGGCCUUUGCGCAGCCCUAUGUCCAAAAGUCUUCUGCUGAGAGGUGUGUAACGCAUUGUUUAUCUUCCUAUCUUCGUUGCAGUGUCCUGAUUGCCUUAGGGAAGCCCGGUCACCUCGAUGACGACGUCUGGUGCCUCGAUACGCGCGGAAUACUUACCUUGGCGGUCUGCAAGACGUCAUACGAACGACUUGGCCUGAUUGGGCGAGCACUGCCAUGGAAGGAGCACCAAGACGUAUACAUCGUCCGCAUAUCGCUGCACACACAAGUUCCCGUACUUAAAGAUGAAACGUGCCACGCUUACGGCCCCAAAGUCAAAGCCGCCUUCCAGGCCUGGGAUCAGCGGCGGGACCCCUGGGACGUGAUCUUCCACUCGCCUGAGCAGCUCACUGAGGCUUCAGCCGCAACCAAACGCGUGAAGCCAACCAUUCGUCUAUCACAGAACAUCCACAUCCCCAAAUCUGAAUUAUACCCUCGCCCGAACGACGCUAGCGCCGCAGGGGAGUGGGACGAGAGCGUUGCUGAGCUCUUCGAGUGGGUCGGUCUCGCGUGUUUGGGCUCGGAGAGGCUCCGAGCGUAUGAUAGACCGGACCCGUACAUCGCGGUUUACACGCCGCCGUCGCCCGCGUACACAGGAGACGUCGUCCAUGUGCGCUGGAUGGGUUUACUUUCGCCUCAAUUUGUGCAGUCGGUCAUCGACAUCGCUAGCGACGCAUCCUUCGCGUGCGUGGUUGCGAAUUCCAUAGCCGUGUCGCCCGUGACGUACGUCCCAUCGCCGCCAUCUUUGCGUUAUCCUCAGCGCGCGUCGAGAGCCCAGUCAGAGGAUAGUUGGAGCGUAGUCAUCUCACGGCCGGAAGAUUCAGAUCAGACAAGCUGGCUACUCGUUGAGAGUAUCGGAAAGUGGGACUCGCGAUGGGGCUGA